AUGGCCAAAACAUACACAGUUGAGAAGUUUGAUUACCAUAUGGCAGAGGUAGAGAUAAUUGAUAAGAGGGUCAAAGAUUAUUUAAUCAACGUUGGGUAUGCAAGAUGGUCCAAAGCAUAUUUCACUAUCAACAGAACAUUGACAAUGACUUCAAACAUUGGGGAGUCGAUCAAUACAACUCUCAAGGCUGCUAGGGAACUCCCAGUAUCGUCUUUGCUGGAGUACAUAAGGCAAUUGAUCGGACGAUGGAAUGUUAUAAACCAAAAGAAAGCAAUAGAGUCAUUUACUGAUUUUGGAAAAAAAUAUGAUACAAUGCUGAUGGACAAUCUCGAACUGUCACAUCAGAUGAAGGUGACCGCUUCGACGAGUUACUUAUAUUCAGUACUUGACAAGGGUAAGCAAAGAAUGGUGUUCCUAAAAGAUCGAACUUGCAGUUGUAGAAAGUUUCAGUUGGAUGAGCUGCCAUGUGCAUAUGCUUGGUUCCUGAUGAAAUUAAGCACAUGGAAAAUUCCUGCAGAAGUUCUAGAUGAAAAAGUCUUGCCACCAUACAUGACUAAAUCAACAGGAAGGCCAAGGAAGGGGAAAUGCAAGCCAAUAUCUGAAAGGGAACGAAAAAUGUCGAUUUCAUGUGGACAUUGUGGAGAAGUAGGUCAUAACAGGAAAACUUAUAGAAAUAAUCCAAAGAGAGGAUGA